ACCACUGAAUCGAAAGCCCCAAAAUCCCCAAACCCUAGAAAUUCCAAUCUCCUCGAUCUCUCUCAUUUCCCAUGGCGCCCAAAGCCGAGAAGAAGCCCGCGGAGAAGAAGCCGGCCGAGAAGACCGUCGCCGAGAAGGCCCCGGCGGAGAAGAAGCCCAAGGCCGGGAAGAAGCUCCCCAAGGAGGCCGGAGCCGCCGCCGGAGACAAGAAGAAGAAGAGGAACAAGAAGAGCGUGGAGACCUACAAGAUCUACAUCUUCAAGGUCCUCAAGCAGGUCCACCCUGACAUCGGGAUCUCCAGCAAGGCCAUGGGGAUCAUGAACAGCUUCAUCAACGACAUCUUCGAGAAGCUCGCUCAGGAGUCGUCGAGGCUUGCGAGGUACAACAAGAAGCCGACGAUUACUUCGAGGGAGAUCCAGACGGCGGUGAGGCUUGUGCUUCCUGGUGAGCUGGCCAAGCACGCUGUGUCGGAGGGGACCAAGGCGGUGACCAAGUUUACGAGCUCUUGAAGGAUCUAGGGGUUGCGCCGAGUGGGUUCUGUUUGGCUUGGCUAUGCGUGGUUCUUAGGGUUAGGUUUCGGAUUAGUAAUUAUGUUAUUUUCGUUUUAUCUUGUGUAUGUUGGUAGGAAAUGAAGUGAAUGAAAAAUGGUGGUUUGUGAAA